UCCAAAUCCCCCCGCGCAAAAGGCGCGGGACUUCGGCGGCGACAUGCAAGGCGCUGUGAUCGAAGAAACUUGGGAGAUGAUGCACCAGACUCCCAUUAACGCUUACUGCUACAACCCGAAUGCCAACUGCUUUGUCACGACAGAUGAACACACGAUCAAACUCUGGAACACCGAAGGCGAGACCCGUAGUGUGACCCUGCCAGCCCGAACAUCGUAUUUGAUCCAAACGAUUCAGUACAUAUCAUCGCGCAACAUGUACAUGUCGAGUGCGCUGGACGGCUCUCUUCGGUUUUACGAUGAGUCCUUGGUGGAGCUCGCCAGCAUCUUCACGCAUCGUGCCACGAUUCUGUGCCUCGUGUUUGACGAGCCGCGAAAUCGAAUCAUCUCGGGUGGUAUCGAUGGAUGCAGUGCGUGGCUCCUUCGCGGCAGGGACACUGAAGGAUACGACGAUGCUCAUGUAAUUCGAAACCCGUCAUACCAAGUGGCACCACUGGAACUAUUCAACAAGACUGGCACAUCGUGGGUCCGACGCAUGAAGAUCGACGCCGAUGCGAACCGACUGCUUGUCCUUUCGGACAACACGCUUUUCGUAUACAAUCUCUCGGACGCAACCCUAGUUGACACAUACAAGAAGCUCGUGAAAGGCAAAUGCGGCGCAAUCACGGACUUUCUCGUGUUCAAGAAGAAGUCCAUCGUGGCGAGUUGUAUGGAUGGGUCGAUCUACGUCGUCACGAUAUAUCCUCGUUCCACCGUUGCAGUGUUCAAGGAGCACACCAAGACUGUCACGUCUCUAGUACUGGAUCCGUUAUCUGGCCUACUGAUGUCCAGGUCACACCCUUUCGUACAUCUUGCAGUGUUCCUCACUCGAUGUCAUGGUCUUCAGCUCUCUCGAUAGUUCGAUGCGCAUGUGGGACUUGGAUCUCCUCCGGAAUGUCCAUCAGCUUCGCCUAGACACGCCGCUGUCUUCUCUCUUUGUGGUGCCGCACACCAACCCCGUCGUGUUUGCUUGCCAAGCUCGCCAAGCUAUGAAGCUCCUCACCCUCAAGCACACGCUCAAGGAGCACUCGACGUUGGCGUCACCUAUCGCAAUUCUGACACAUGUGACGGCACCGUCCAAGCCCAUGCGUCAUGUCAAACCCGCCAACGUAAAAGCUGCCAUGCUCAAGCAUUCGACAUACAAGACGCCAUCCAUGCGCGUCGUCGCAGAUGCUCUCACUGAGCAGCGCAAGCUGUCGAGCAGCCAUCAUGACAACCACGUGAUAUCGAUAUGCCUGGACAAAAGCAUCCGCAUCUAUGGUGGCACCGACAUGGCGGUACCUGCGACCAUGUACGUGCCUGAGGACGCCCAAGAUGUCGUCGGAGUGGCAUUCAACUCGUACCGCGACCUGUUGUACAUCCUAAUGCGCAAGCACAUCUUGGUGUUCGACGUCGUCGAAGAUAUCGUCACGCCUCAGCACGUCAUUGACGUCGACAACAGGACGGUGAAAUGCAUUGGUGUGUGUCUCGUCGUGCCACAAUUCUACGCAAAGCCGCGCCACUCCCAAGCUGCCUCGCGCAGACGGCUAAAUUCAAUCGUAGACUUCAUUCGCAAAGGCAGCAGCAUCACGGGCGAUAGCAAUGACUGUUUGACGGCCGAUGCGUGGGUUGUUUGUGGUACCGACAAAGGAGAGCUCCUCUUCAGUGCCACUUCACAUGGUAGCUUGGACGAAGCUCCAGUUCAGCAAGCACAUUCUAGUGCAGUGUCGCUCGUUGCGUUCACGGCCAUUUCAACUGGAUUGCUUGUCACGUACGGCAUGGACAAGACAUUUUGCUUCUGGCGCAUGUCUCCACGUGUGAUGCGAGUCGGAUCGCUCGCAAUGGGCGACCACCCCACAUGCAUCCACGUCGCUCCGGCUUCUCAGAUUGUCGUAUGUGGAUUUGAAGACGGCCGCGUCGACUACGUCGACUUUGCCGACGCUGAGCCUCUCGUUGUGACGUCGGAAGUGAACCAUGCUGCCCUUGUCACGGCUGCCGACUCUUGCGACCCCCUCCAUCUCCAUGUCACCACCAGCUUUGACAUGACUCUCAAGGUUUGGGACCAGCAGAAAUCGCUACUUCGGGAAGUUCAGAUGGCGACACCUCUAACAAGUCUCUGCUUUAUCAACUCGUUUGGAGACCUCUUUGUCGGGAUGCAAGCCAAGAUGUUUUCGAUAUCCCGACAGGACAUUCUACCGGCAAAACUUCCCCUACCUCGACCGGCGCGCACGACAUCCGCGUCGUCGAAACUCGGCGGGCCAAGGAAAUCCAGCAAUCGGAGGCGAAGCAGCACCAACAACGGCUGUUGCAGUAGCAGCAUCGAUCAAUCCUCCGCUCAAACAAUGGCCACCGACCUCACCAACACGGAUAAAUCCACAGAAUCUCCCAUUGAAUUCUACGCUGGUGACGAAGAUGACGCCAGUGAUGAGUUUGAAGAUCAAAACGAUGAUGAUAUGGCCCAGUCGAAAAAGCUUGACGGGGGUCCGCCAUUGUCGCCACCAUCGAGUCGCAGAGCCACGUCCCCAACACGCAUUCGACGACCUGUUCAAGUGCACACAGCCGAUGUCGUCUUGUACAACCCUCCUGUUCUUCGGCAAAUUAGUACGCCAGACAACAAUCACACGAUCCUUUCUCCAUUGGACGAUUGCCCGCAAGUCUCGAGCGGUCACGAUUCAACUCCGCAAUCGCCUCAGUUGGACUCGGCGACGUUGACACCAAUUUACGAUAGCCGGCAAUUUCGAAAACCUGUCCAACCUGCCAGCGAAGCCAUGAUGCGGUAUCGAAAUCGAAAAGAGCGCCAGGCCCAGCAAGCCGCAGCGUCUCCGAAGUUCAAGACACCUGCCAAAGCAAACUUAACACUGGGAAAGCUUGAGCCCCCCCAACAUGGCGAUGACCCCGCCGUCCAUGCAUCUUCCUUUACUGCGAUAUCGCCAACAUUCCAAGGUGGGGCCGCACGACCUGUUCAACGCACGCCAAGGAAACUCUGGAAUGCGAUCGGAGCUGAAGACCGCCGUCUGAUUGUCCUGCAACGAACGUCCGUGCAAAUGGACAAAGGGGGUGGCGGAUGACGUACGACACACCAUGGAUUAUAUCGAAACCAAAGUCACGACUACCAUCGCCAGUAGCACUGUCAAGUCGAGUGGAUGGAAUCCAGGAGUGCUAUUGCAACCGCAUCGUUGAACCGAGAUGCGUAUUUUGUCUUGCACGUCGCCCCAGAAUCCCGAGAUGACCUUGGCUGGGUCGAAUGCCAGAUCUGCUUGGCAAGGCAUCCAUGAGUUGUGAGAGAAGGGUCCAUUGCUGCAGAUACGAACCGGGUGGAGUAAACACUCCAUCGCAUGCUCGGUACAACGUGUCAAGCAAGGGUUGGCACUUGGGCGCGCACUUGUUGGUGGUGGGGUCGCAAGACAUGCACGAGCCAGGGGUUGUGCCGUCUCCUUGGGUGACAACAGCUUCGAUAGCGUCGCUGCAUGGCCCCCACGAGUUUCCUUGAGGCGUCGGGUUCGGGAAGGAACUCGUCCCAUGCACUCUGUCGAGGAUGCCAAUGAUCAUAGCCCACAUCCAAAGGACAUUCCAUGAUCGAGAACUCCACGUCCAACCUGCCAGCAUGUUGGCGUCAGACUCGCACCGACAAAGGCAC